ACCCCAACCCAUAGUCGCAUCGCAACGAAGCCAAACCACCCGAGUCGACCGCUUCGAGAAGCCUCGCCACCAAGGCACCCAGACCACCCUCCUCCCGGGAAUCGGAACCGCGUCCCAGCCAGCCUCGCCAGCCCAACCCAUUCGCCGCUCCCCUGAUCCAUCCGGCGACGCGGCGGAGCAAGGAAGGAACCAAGGCUCGAGCAGCGGGCGGCCGGAGAGAUGGCGGAGAACCCGCAGCUGUUCGGGAACGGGAUGCCCGUGCCCUUCCACGGCGAGAUGUUCGUCCUCGCCCGCGACGGCGUCGAGUUCCACGUCGACAAGAUCCCCUCGGCGCCCGGCGGUCACGCAAAAACAAAGGGCACCAUAUACCUUUCUAACAUAAGGAUGGUGUUUGUCGCCGCCAAGCCUGUUGGCAACUUCUUUGCCUUUGAUAUGCCCCUGCUGUACGUGCACGGUGAGAAGUUCAACCAACCGAUAUUUCACUGCAACAAUAUUUCUGGGUUCGUUGAGCCGGUUGUUCCAGAGAGCCAGAACAGGGCUCUGUACUCGACCCACACCUUCAAGAUCUUGUUCAAGGAAGGUGGAUGCGGUACCUUUGUGCCACUCUUCCUGAACCUGAUCACAUCAGUGCGGCGCUACAAUCAGUUUGAAGCCCAGCCCGCUACUGUGCCCCGUGUGGACCCCAUGCAGGCAGCGCAGACUCCUGUCGAUGACAUGAUGCGCCAUGCGUAUGUCGAUCCACAUGAUCCUACCAAGAUCUUCCUCCAGCAGCCCGCAGCGGAAUCCCAGCUGAGGAGGAGAAACUACCACGGCCCCGCUGACAACGCGUACUGAUGCUUUGGCCUGAUUGCAAAGUGCAUGUGUUUUCGACGAGCUAUGUAUGUGGUGCACAUGAGCAAUAUAUCUGUUUGGUGCCAUUCCAGUGACUCUCACUGAAGAAAAUGUGAUGGAAGUAUAGUAGUAUGAUGAUGAUGUUAGACAAUUGUGGGUUCAAUCUAGAUCUAAGUAUAAUAAUGUACAUACAAGGUGCUCUGCUGGAUUAUAUGUUGCUGAUCUCGCCGUAUAAGUUUCCUUUGGAGUUAUAAAACUGGUCUGAAUUUACGUUCA